CUCUCUUUUUUUGACAGUUAUACAUAUCACAAAUAUGUUUUCUUAUUUAAUCUGUAAAUUUUGUUAGACUUGGGAUGGUUGGUAUGUUUUAUGAGGUAAGUGGUUGUUUUUAAUGUUUUUAGCUUUGUUAAAUAACAAAUAAUUGAACAAUAGACAAAAAUAGCCUGUAUUAUCACAACUCUCAUGUUUCACAGCUCGCAUGGAGCUUCGGAAGUGUUUUGACCUUGCUGUGAUGGUUGCGUUGGGAAACUUAAUGUCCAUUAAUAAUGGAUUGUUUUCCCCUGAAACUGGUAUUUUCCACAGAUUGUUUAGUGAGAUCAAAUCUAUACACCUAGAGUCUGCUACAGUAUCUUUUUAAUUCAAAUUAAAUAACCCCGAAAAAAUAAAACAGCGCCUGCACUUACAAACAUGCACUCACAUGUUAAAACAGGAAUCGAGCAAUUACAUGCUGUAAGCCAUUAGCACAAGCAUAUAUCAUACAGUUCAUACAUAGCACACAUAUGUAUAAUGUAUAUAAUUUUCCAUUCUACCUGCUUUUUACAUUUUGAGUUUUCAUAGAGUUUAUGUUCUUUUCAUUUACAGGUCAUUUCUCCACCCAACACCCAACUAGUGCAUAUUUCUUUCUCUGCACUGGAAAACAGUUGCACCUCCUUUGUUAGCCACAGUCUUUAAAGUAGUCAGGUAAACACAUAUCAGAAUAGAGAAUACUUUAUUAAUCCCAGAGGAAAUUGUGUGGUCACACAGUUGCUCCAUGCCAGAUUAAGAGAUAUACAGUUACAAGAAAGAAAGCACCAAAUAAUACAAAAAAUUAGAAGUAUUUCUAUGAAUAUUGAAAGAGGCUUUGCUUGCUAAUAAAAGUUUUGAUGUUUCUUUUUAGAGGAUUUGAAGGAUAAAUAUUAACUAAUCAGAGAGAAUGAGGUCUCCCUAUUUCCCAGCGAGGUCUGUGCUUUUCCACAAGGAGCCAAACGGCGUGACAUACAGAGUCCCAGCACUGCUAUACCUGUCCAAAUCCAGGUGCUUUCUGGCCUUCUGUGAGGAGAGACUCAGCCCGUCUGACUCCCACGCUCAUCUGCUGGUCAUGAGGAAAGGCACUUUCUACAGAAACUAUGUAGAGUGGGAGGAUAUGCGUGUCCUGGGCACUGCUUUCCUGACAGGCCACCGAUCCAUGAAUCCGUGUCCGGUGUUCGAUGAGUUCACUGGUACCCUCUUCUUAUUCUUCAUUGCUGUUCAAGGCCACACCUCAGAGUCCUAUCAGCUGGUGACUGGCAAAAAUGUGACCCGGCUCUGCUACGUCUGCAGCACCGAUGGUGGAGACACCUGGGCUGAAGUCACUGACCUCACCCAGAGUGUCAUAGGAGACACAAUUAAAGAAUGGGCCACAUUUGCUCUCGGCCCGGGCCACGGUAUCCAGCUAAAGUCAGGUCGACUACUCAUUCCUGCCUACGCCUACCACAUUGACUGCAAGGAGUGUUUUGGACAACUGUGCCAGAAUACACCUCAUGCCUUCUGCUUCCACAGCGACACCCAUGGGAGAACCUGGCGGUUUGGGGAGGCGGUGCCAGGCCCAGAGAGUGUAGAAUGUCAGAUGGUGUCCGUAGAUGAAGAAGAUGGGACAAAUGUGUUGUAUUGUAAUGCCCGCAGCCGUCUUGGCUACAGGGUGCAGGCUCUCAGUCUAGAUGAUGGAGCUGUGUUUGAGGAAGGGCAGCUGGUGCAGCGACUGGUGGAGCCAAGAAAUGGCUGCCAUGGUAGCACUGUUGGAUUUCCUGCCCCAUUACACCUGUGGGAAAGUCUUAACCGUCACUGCUCCAGACACUGGACAACCUCCAUGACCCACUUCAAUCAAACCAUACCUCCCUCUCCAAACUUCACCAGCUCGUUGUCACCCAGUCGCAGUUCCUCUCCAGAUUUCCUCACCCCCACUUGGGUUGUAUACUCCCACCCAACAUGGACCACUGCACGCAAGGAUCUAGGUGUUUACCUCAGCAUAUUGCCCCGUGAUCCAGACAGUUGGCGUGGCCCCUGGGUGAUCUACGAGGGCCCCAGUGCCUACUCAGACCUGGCCUAUCUGGAGCUCCCUCCCUCACCUGGAGAGCCACCUGCUGUGGCCUUCGCCUGCUUAUUCGAGUGUGGAACCAAGACAGCCUAUGAUGAAAUCAGUUUCAGCAUCUUUACCCUCUAUGAACUUAUUGAUCAUUUGCCAAGAGAUUCACAGCAGGCAAAUGACAGUGCCAGUCAUAAUAGACCAAAGAGCAAGGUCCCUGAGAGAGGACGGAGUAGCAGGCUUGAUGCUCAGAGCACACCAGUUUCACAUCAUGUGCCUCAUAUGAAGAAGAGGAGGAAAACAAUGAGCCGACUGACAGACAUCUGCUCUGUGUCUUAAAAAGUUUCUCAGUUUUCAAAAAAAACCUGAUCGCAACAAUCUGUUCUGUUUCUGUAGUGUUACUCAGUUACUCAGUUUUUGUUUUGGUGCUGAUAAUUUGCUUGUUGAAAAUUUGUCGAACAAAAGUUUUUCCUGACCAACUUUGAGUGAUUAAAGCUGUAGUGUGUAUCUUUUAAAUAUUAAACAAAGGUCCAUUACAUUGAAACCAUUGUCAAAUGUGAGUGAGUGAAGCGAGACAACACGAUUGUUCUCUGAAAAAUGUUAAACAAAUGUUGAAAGAGAACUUAAGGUUUAAGAAUCUGGGUUCUCUGAAGUAUAAUUAAGAAAGUGAGACACUAAAAGAGAACAGUUGGAAUAUGGACCUAAAGCUGUCUUCUCAGAAAGCUCUGCAGGCUCACAUGAGGUGUGGGGAAAGGUGGGGUGAGUGAAAAUCACCUCUUUCAGUGUGAUUAUAUUUAAUAUGUCUAUACAAACCUGGCGUUUUAAUGCACAACUUUAGACACAAUCACUUCUAAAUUGUAUAUCUUUGACCUCAUGUUGUCUUGCUUCUGUCUAAUGUUGUAUUCUAAACAUUACUAAAUAUCCUGGUUGUUAUUAUUAUUAUUAUUAGUUGUAGAAGUAGUAAUAAACAUAAGUACAUGACAGAUAUUCAAUUUAAACAUAUUUACCAGGGAAA